GUGUGUAUAUAUAUAUAGAAGUUUUUGAGGGAUUCCUUGCCCCACAAAAGCGAUGAAUGAUUUCACCAUAACAAUGCUGUGUUUUCCCAGCUUGCCUUCAUAUGCUUUUUUCUUUCCUAUUUCACAAAAUUUCUUUUAUUAUGCAUAAUCUGUAAAGUAUUGACCUGUACACCUCUAAAAUUAAUCUUUUUUUUUUUUGGUCAAGGUGAUGACUUCAUUCUUUAGUGUUAGGGAAAUUUGGAAACCAUGUUUUUUCAGAGUCUGUUUCACUGACCACAAAGUUUUCAGUCACCGUUUUGUGUAAGACCUUCUGUUUAGUUAGGCUUUUUCUUUUUUAUGUUUUUGUUUAUGAGUGGAGCAGAGAGCAGCUUGCAGACUUUUUGGAGAUUUUACAUGCUUUUAUUGUUGGAAUUAUUUAUGAAAGUCUCUUUAGGUCCAGGGGCAAGAGGGAAGAGUCAUGUAUACAGAUCCCCACCUCUGUUUUUCUUCAAGUCCCUACGUACUUUUUAUGGUGUGGUGUUUUGGUACGUGGGUUGGAGGUUAAGUAAGUUUUGGAAUUUUUGUGUGUGUGAUAUUUCAAAGCAAAUUAAGAUGCAAAAAAAAUAAAGAUUCAAGUUGACUUUUAAGAAUGAUAGUUUAAAAAAAAACCAAAAUUUGAAUUAGGUUUAAAAUGUUUUAUUCCUAAUAAAAAAUGUAUACAUGCUUACUUAGACAAAGGUUGAAAUAAUAGAAAUUUACCCAUAAUUUCAAAGAGAAACCAAUUCUCUCCUCUUUUUAAAACAUUUUGCCUUAUUCUCUUCAGUUUGUUAAUUCUGUAUGUGUCUUUAUGCCACUAAGAUUGUACUAUAAAUGCUUUUUUUCCUUUAUUUGUAAGCACUUAAUGAUCGUAAUUAAAAUUUGUUACUUUGCCGAGUCCCCUAGCUUUUAUCAUGUUUUUGGAAGUAACUGAAGUAGUUUAAUGCUUAAUGCAUUUCUGAAAAUAAAAGGCAAACUCAUAUGUUAUAGGAAAAUUUUUUCCCUCAGAGUUUAAACUAUUAUAAAAAUCCCUAAUUACAUCUCAUCGUUUAUAACAUAGUCUUUGAUGAUGGAUUUCCACUGUCCAUGUGCUUUGAUUCCCAGUUUCACAUGAUCAGCUUAAGUCCAGUGAAUAUGUAAUUGAAGCUAAGGAUUCAUUGCUUUUGGUACAUCUCAUAAUUUAUCUUUGUCUUAAAUGUAUUUAAGGUUGAAAACUACAGUUUGUUGCACUUAGAGAUUUUUUCCAUUUUCCAUUAAUUUUUUAAUAGAAUAGAGCAACACGCAGUAGAACCGCCAAGCACAGAAGAGCCCUGUGUAAGGAUGAACAUGUAAACAUGGUAACAACUGCAGUGGUUGGCUGAGAUGCGCGUUACUGAGCGAUAAUCCAGAGAGCUUGUUGGUGUUUUGAGAUACACAGUCUAAGUUCUGACAUGCUGCAGACAGAUGGAGGGAUCUCAGUGUCUGACUUCAGGAAGUACAGGCUGGAGUAAAAGGGAGACAUGCCUGCAGUUUUCUUUUUUACUAAUUCACAUUGAACUCAUGACCAGAUUGGUGAAGGUUUUCCUGUUUAUGUGUUUUUAAUUCAAAUUAGUUAAAGAUAAUUUUCUAUUGAGAAUUUUACAAAUUUGGUGAGUUCAAAACCAGGGCUGCCAGUUUUCACGGUUGUAAUACUUCUUGACAUAAACUUUAACCAGGAGGAGCCUAUGAAUGGGCUUCUUCUGAAACUAUAUGCAAAAUGGGCCUUUUCUCUUAGGAAAGGAAGGGUCUGUAUAGAGUUUUUAUCAGUUUCUCAAAGGGAUCAGUGACCUAAAAGGAUUAUGAAUCAUUACAGUAAUUAAGAAAAUAACACGCAAAAGAGUGUAGCAACAAAGUGUAGAAAAUAUAAAUUGAAAUUGCAAAACCUGUGGGUUAUAGUUAGAUUUAAGUAGGAACUGGCACUAUCAAUCAACGCUUAAGUCAUUUAUAAACUCAUCUAACUUUUCUGAAAGAUACCUCCCUUCUAAUUUAUAACGGAAAUAUGUACCAAUUGUAGAAAAACUGGACAAUAACAGAAGAAAAUGAAAACCACCCGUAAAGUUAACUCAUCCAGCUCUUUGAGUUUUUUUUGAGUAAGGUGUUACUUUUUAUUGAAUUUUAAAACUUUUAACUUUGAAUUCAUGUCCUAUUUUAUUCUUAAGGCAGAGGUUGUGAAUGAAUGGGGAAAGAGGCACUUAGCAUAACUCACAAGUCGCAGCCAUGGUUGUUGGUAGAGAGAAUGCUCAGGAAGUUCCAGGGCUUCAGCUUUGCUGUUUAUAUUCAUCCAUUGCACUUUGUUGUCUGCUUAUUGAAAAGUGAAAUUGAAGAAAUCUAGUGGAAUGUUAGUUAUGUCUGUCUCUCUGUAGGUAACUUUGUUUCAUUGACCUCUGAAAUAUUAUAAGUUUUUAUAUUUAGGCUAGUCUUUGUAUCUGUUUCUAAUAAACUUCUGAUGGAGUUGUAAAAAAACAAAUGAACAUGGAUUAUUUAAUCAUCAUCUUCUGAUGAUAUGUUCCCUAGGUAUAAUAGAGUUGCACAAAAGGAAUUUGCCACUACGUUGCUUGAAUUUUGUGGUAGGUUUCAGUUUUUUUAAAUAGUAUUUUGCCAUGAUCCUUUAAAAAGAACUAAUACUAUUGCUUUAAUACAGAUACAUUUUAAUUCUUAGGAGUAUUCCUUCUCCAGAAAAUUACAGAAAGCAGAACAGUGUAGAGAUCCUUUUAAGUAUUUCAGAGAAAACUUUAAAAAAAUCAUUAACAUUCUUUGCUUUAGUAACUAGAAGACCUCUUUUUACCUCUGUAUAAUCUACGCUUGAAUUUAAUAGUCUUCAGUUUUAUUAAUACCCAAAGAAGCAAAAGAACCUAGACAGGCAUCCAUUAAGCCAGUAGAUCUUUAAAAAGCAUUGCAAUGUUGGGGGCAGGGGGCGACAUGCUCUAUUUAAGUGAUGGUCCUGCAACAUAUGGCAGCAGGCUUGGUUGCAGACGGGUCUUUCAAUAAAUAGUUGGUGAAUUGAAACAGAGGUUUUUCUUGAAUGCUUAUUAGAAAGUUCCAGAGUGAGUAUCCUGGACUAAAACAUCUUUUCUAAGAAGGUCAUAUAUUUACUUGUAUAGAUUGCAAAUUCACCACCGGUUAACCCAGAUAUAAACACUAAUGAAAACCUCUUUUUCUUUUUUCCCUACUUUUAAGCAUCUCAUGGUGCUUUCUGCUUUUUUGUUAAGCAUGUUAGGCGUUGAAUGUAGCAGCCUAAAGGGGGAAAAAAAGGUUUAAUGUCAAUGUUCUCUGCCGACUGUAACUUCCUACUUUAAAGUGAAAUUAGCAAAAUCUUAUUGUUUCAAUCAGUGAUUUAAGCUUUAUUUCCCCUUUUUAUUUAAAGUUGGAGAUCGGAGUUUUUAUAAUCACAUACCUAAAACAAAAGAUCUAGAACUUAAUUUUUUCUUUUUCUUUACCAGGAUUUUAAUUUUUGUCAGUUGCGUUUAAGAAGAUUAAAAAUGUGGAGUCCCUCUCAUACUCUGCCCUAUCCCUCUUGUAAUAUUUCUUAUAAACAUCUUCAAACAUACAAAAAAGUUGAAAGAAUUGUAUAGGCAAACUUUUAUCACAUCUGUCUAUACCUUUAUCAACUCAUGUGUAUGUAUUUUUGAUGCAUUUCAAGGUAAACUGCAGACAUAAAUACACUUCAUCCCCUAAAUACUCAGUAUAUACAUCACUUAACUAGCUCUCACGUGCUUUUUAUAACUUCAUAAAAAUAAGGUGUUUCUCAUGGAAUCUGUCCUGAUCCUCAUCCUUUAAGGUUAAGGCUAAUUUAUAGAUGUGCUAUUUUUUUUUCCUGCUACUUUUUAAAAGAAAAGGUGCAUUUUCAUAAGGCAUAUAGCACACGAUAAGCAAGACUCAACCAAGGAAGGAUGUAAACAUUUCUUAAAUGCCUUAUGUCAGUGCGUUAGUUCUGGUUUUCUGUAAGGAAUGUUGCAUGAGAAUAUCUUACACAAAUAAAAUCUUAUUUCUUGGAUACAGUUUUAAAGUUAAGAAUUGAAGGCUGAACCUACUCUAUAAGGCUCAAAUAUAAGAACUUUUUUUUUGUUUGGUGAAACCAAACAAGCAGAUCUAUAUAUUGUAAGUAAGUAGGCUUGAGAGGUUUAUGCUAACUUACUCAGUUUUUUUUUUUUUUCUAUUUGAAAAAAAAAUUAUUUUAAGCAACUACCACUUUUGCCUACUAUAUUUUAAUAAGACUACAGUGUCCAAAAAACAAAACAAAAAUUAAUUAUGUAUUUCUAAGUAAGAAAACAGAAUAAUCUGUUCAAAUUUUGGUACAAAUGAAGAUAACUUUCUAACAUUUAAAUUAGUCCUUAGAAUAACUUUUGUGUUUUCUGCUGCAUAGGUUUUGUGAUCUUUAAGGGGGUUAUUUGAGCCCUAAACGUAAGAGGGACUAUUUGGAGAUCUCGCUUUGACUGAGUGCCCCUGCCUGGACGUGGCCACUGGUGCGACCUUUAGAGACAGAGUUCGUCAAGCCGUGGUUUCCUCCAAAGACCCUGCUUGACUCCCACCAGCCGCCCUUCAAAAAGGAUUUCUUUCCCUUCAGAAAGGCUGCGUUUUCGGUUAUCUCCAUUUUUAUUUUUGUAUUUUUAGCAAAUAAUUUAAAAUUUAGAAAUAGCAGCUUCAGUCUCAGACCGCUCUCCAGUGAGUGCAUACUUUUGUUUGGAGAGAAUUACUAAUGAUGAGCUGACUGGUGGGUAUCCUUGAUUUUGAAUACUGACAGUGGUCUUUGGUAUUACCUCUCUUUGAACCUACUAUUCUUUUAAUGUAGAAAGAGAUGGUUUGCUAGGAAGUUUCUUUUCCAAGUUACCAAACUAAGACAUACUGAGAGCCAGCUUUAUACCAGCUUUGUAACAGCCAUAGUAACAUUUGGACAGCUAACCUGAUGUAUGAUCCUUGAGGAUUUGCAAAAUUACUUAUCCAAAACCUAUCAAUAAACUGCUAAUAUUCCAAAGUAGGCUUAAUAAUUGAGUGUUUACUCUAUGCAGACAUUGUACCAACUUACACCUUUAUAGCACUUUAUUUCAUUUAUUGCUCACACUAGCCCUGUCUCUGAAGCUUCUCAGUGGUUAACACCCAGCUGUACUGUCUUUCACAAGUCAUGCUGUUUGUAUCAGACUGGAUAAAUUUAACAUAGUAAAAUCUUAUCUUGGUAGGUAAUAGUCUUUCUUGAAAAUUUAGAAUUGAUAUUUUUGAUACUUUAUGGAAAGAGGGAGUAUUGUAGUCUCUUGAACUUGUGAGAUACUUAGGCCUCAUUCUAGCUGUAUCACUGAAGAUGCUAAGACUAGGGUUAAUUUGCCUAUGUUAAGUGGGAGAGCUGGGAUUUUCCGGCUGAGAUGACUCCAAAACCAUGCUCUUUCUGGUACGUAGCCCUGUGUGUGAAGUUUUUUGCCAUUUUCCUCUUAGAAGAAUUUAUCCAGAAGGAUGGUUUUUGUCUUAAAUAAAUAGAAUAAAGAGGUUUUAUGUUUAUUUAUGAAAGAAUUUUUGGGGAAGAGUUUGCAAAAAGCACUUGAACACUAGUAAAUUACAGAGUUUGCUUAAAAGAAUAGAGGUCAAAAGAACGAGGUUAAAUUCAUUGCUUGUCUCACCUUGAUGUAAAUGCGGUUUCUCUUCAGUAUAGGGUUUUUCCAUCUUUUAGUUUCUCUUCUGUAAGAGGAAAAUGCUGAUCACUGACAUUUACAACAGGAAUGUUUUUAAGAUGAAGCACAUAGUAUAUAUGUGAAGUUCCUUGAGAUUCUUAAGAGUAGAUGGGAUAAUUUUUGUUAAUUAUGCUACUGUUGCUUUAGGGGAACUAAGGAGUAAACUGAAACCAAUUCUUUGAUGUUUAUAGAACAGUCAUUUUUAAUUAUCUGGAGAGCGAUUAUCUAUGUUGCAAUUUAUCCUAAUUUCAAUUUGACAUUAUCUACAUGUUCUUUUAAAUUACCUGCUGAAUUGAUGCGUCUUUGUUUUUGUUAUUUUUUAAAAUUGACAACUUUUGCUUACAAAAAUUUUAGUACUUGGGUUUUGCCUGCAGCCUCCUUCCUCUCGGGGACCCUUUAGGAUACCUAGUCUCCAGAGAAGGCUUAAGAAUAGGCAUCUCAGCAUUGGCUGGCAUCUGGUGUCACUCAGAAAGAAAGGCUGUCCGUUUCCAGCAGGUGUAGGAACAAAGUCGGGUUCGUAGCAGGGAAGGGUAUGACUGUCUCUGCUCCUACAGAAUUACAGCUUUGGGUUGUUUGAAAUUUACAGACUCCAUUGAAAUCCUUUUUGUGUUACUGCUACUCAUUUCUUCUUGUCCCUGGUUAAUCCUCUCUCACCUUAAACACAUUAGUAUAAAUAAUUGAAGGGGUUGACACCACAUUUCUCAGCCUAACGUUUUCUAAUGAGGACUGAAGCAUCUCAUCAAAUUUCAUGUUCAUGGUUUCUGCUCCACAGCCAGUGUUUAUUCACUCAAAAGCUUUAUCAAAUCUCUUCUUCCUUCAUCUUGAGUCCCUGUUUCCAUCUUCUUCACUGUAUCCCUUAAUUUCCAAAUUUUAUUUAGUCCAGAGGGUCUUCUACCUUAAGAAACACUCAUUCUCAGGAUUUGAAUGGUCUACUUCUAAAAACCAAAAUCCCCGAGAGUCUUAAUUCUUUAUCUAAUAAGUAUGUGGUAGAAUAAUGCCAUUGCUAAGCUUCAUAAAAACAGGAUUUUGAAAUUAAAAAUACUUGAGUCUUUUAAAUUGCUGAAGUUAGCUUUUUGAUGUGUUUGCCUUACAGUACAUAGUCUACUGGAAGAAUUGUCAAUUUGUUUAUUUAUUUAGUGUUUGGUAUUUUUUGUCAACAGGAAGAAGGUAGAUAAUGACUAUAAUGCCCUUCAAGAAAGACUCAGUACAUUGCCUGAUAAGUUGUCUUAUAAUAUCAUGGUACCAUUUGGUCCCUUUGCCUUCAUGCCAGGAAAACUUGUCCACACGAAUGAAGUCACUGUUUUACUUGGGGACAACUGGUUUGCAAAGUGCUCAGCAAAGCAGGCAGUAGGCUUAGUGGAGCACAGGAAAGAACAUGUAAGAAAAACAAUAGACGAUUUAAAAAAAGUGGUGAAAAAUUUUGAAUCCAGAGUUGAAUUCACAGAAGAUUUGCAGAAAAUGAGCGAUGCUGCAGGUGAUAUUGUUGACAUAAGAGAAGAAAUUAAAAGUGACUUUGAAUUUAAAGCAAAACACCGAAUUGCUCAUAAACCUCACUCCAAACCAAAAACUUCAGGUAUUUUUGAAGCUGAUUUUACUGAUGAUGUAAAAUCCAACAAGUUGCUUGCUGAUACGGAACUGUGGGCUCGACUUGAAGAACUAGAGAGACAGGAAGAAUUGCUGGGUGAACUUGAUAGUAGGCCCAAUACUGUGAUUGCAAAUGGGGAAGAUACAACUUCUUCUGAAGAGGAAAAGGAGGGUCCAGACCCAGACGUGAAUGUGGAGCAUCAAGAAACAGACACUGUUAUCCCCAGUAGUUGUCAUAAGGAUCUUACAAACUCAGAGCUGUUCAGUGGUCAAGUGAAUAGUCAAUUGAACUGUUCAGUGAAUGGUUCAAAUUCUUAUUACAGUAAUGAUGAUGAUGAUGACGAGGAUGAUGAGGAUGAUGAAGAUGGUGACAGUGGAAAUGAACAUGAUGCUUUAGGGGUUGGAGAUAAUUCUGUACCAACAAUAUAUUUUUCUCAUACUGUCGAACCUAAGAGGGUUCGAAUAAAUACUGGAAAAAAUACCACUUUAAAAUUCAGUGAAAAGAAGGAGGAAGCGAAACGUAAACGAAAGAACAGUUCUGGCAGCGGCCAUUCUGCCCAUGAGCUGCCUACCAUCAGGACUCCUGCUGACAUUUACAGAGUCUUUGUUGAUAUUGUGAAUGGAGAAUAUUUUCCUCGUAAAUCAAUUCUGAAGUCUCGAAGCAGAGAGAACAGUGUCUGUAGUGAUACCAGUGAAAGCAGCACUGCUGAGUUUGAUGACAGGCGAGGACUGUUGAGGAGUAUUAGCUAUGAGGAGGCUGCUUGCAGUGACUCGAAUGAGAACAUUUUGGAAGAGGAACAAGAAGAAGAAAAUUAUCAAAAGAAACAUUUACCCUUAUCAGGAGCACCUGAGGCGUUUUCUGGAACUGUAAUAGAGAAAGAAUUUUUAUCACCCUGCUUACCACCACACCCAGCCAUUGCUCAUCCUGCGCUACCCACCAUUCCAGAACGAAAAGAAGUUCUGUCCGAAGUGUCAGAAGAAACUACCAAGAGAGUUUCAAAGUUCAAAGCUGCCAGAUUGCAACAGAAAAGCUAGUCCCUGCCUGGGAAAUAGGAGUUCACAUCCUAAAAGCUAGUUUUGCAUUUGUUUAGAAUCUGUAUAGCAAAAUUUGUUACAUGUCGUUUGAAAUAAGGCAGCCUGAGUUAAUUUGGCAGCAAGUUCUCUGAACCUUAUCAGUGGUAUUAAAAAAUUGAAUAUUUGAAUACUGUUCAGCUUGUUUUGUUAAUUCCCUGAAUAUUGUCAGCACUCUCGUCUGAGUUUGCCGUAUGAUGCAGUGGCAGCAUUUUGAAUUAUUUUAAAAGAAUACUCUUCCUAUGUAUUGUUUUUGUGUUUUGAACUAAAUACAGGCAGUUUAUAACAGCUGUGAUGUUGUGCAUACCAUAUGGACCAUUUUAAAGAAACUUUUAAAAUUUCAAAUAGAUUCAACAAUUAUAUUUCAUUACUUGCUUUAGCAUUUUAAAGGCACUUUAAAAAAAAAUCUACUUCUGUUGUAGGUUUUGCAGUUAGGUGGCUAUUUAAAAACAUCCCUCCCCUCUGAACGUCAUACUGUAGUCUCUGAGGUAGAAAGCUUCGUGUGCCCUUUGGGAAAGUUUCUCUGAUUGGAAGAAUGGUAUUUUGUAAAACAUUUUUUUCAAGUAAAAAUUUUAUGGAACUUGG